GUUAAAUAUAUGUACAUAUACAUAUUCCACAUCGCAGCUGAUUCAUCUGCAAUGCAAUCUGUCCAUGAUUUUACCAAUAAUUGCAUUACAUAAUCUUAUUCGUUAAACAAAUUAAAGUAUUACAUAAAUUACGCAAGAAAUACAUUUCUAAAAUGGACAAUCAACCCGUGGUACAAAUUUCUGCAAAGUUCAAAGCAGCUAUACAAACUUUUAGCUUACAAGACUUAAAGUCCCUGCUGGAAUCAUACCUGCAUUUUAUCAAGGAUGAAUCUAACUGGUUUUACGACGAAUCUAGUCCCCAAAACGGCGGCCCCCUACAUUGGGUACUUGCGUCCCAAGAAACACGACGUCCUAACACCUUCGUUGUGAAGGAAAUGCUCACCAUCCUCUUGGAGAAAGGCUGUCCCACCGAUUUCAGAGACCUUUACGGGUCAACUCCCCUCCACUCCGCGGUCACGAAAGGCUCCUUACCACUCGUCGUUACUCUCUUAAGUCACAUGGCCGACCCGAAUUUAACCACCCACCGAAAAAAGACGACCCCUCUUCACCUCGUGGCACGGUCAAAUGACAGCUCUCUGGACAUCUUAAAAGCUCUCAUCGUCUUCAAUGCCGACCUAAAUCUGCGGGAUGCUAAGGGAAUGAGUGCGCUUCAUUUGUUAGGAGAAAAUACUGCACCCUGGGCAAGGGAGGGCAUCGCAGUAAUGCAUGCUGUCAAAGCAGCUCGAUGUCCGGAAUUUAAUCCCGCUCUCUGCUCAAGGGAUUGCAAAUAUGAAGAACCUGACGAAAAUGACGAAGCUGGGGACAACGUUGCCAAUAAUUUAGUAAAAAUGCUGAAAUGUGACAGGAAGUCAACCGGAAAAAGAAAGUAUCAUUUGUUAUGCCUGGACGGGGGUGGAAUACGAGGCGUUGUACUCACGCAGAUGCUCACAUGUUUCGAAAAGAUCAUGAACCAAACUACGCAAGAGUACUUUAACUGCAUCGCUGGAACGAGUACCGGUGGCAUCCUGGGUUUGGGUUUAGCGUCGGGAAAGUCUGUGAUGGAAUGCCAGGGUCUGUAUUUCCAACUGAAGGACAGUGUUUUUAAGGGAGCGAAAGCCUACGGAGUCACCCCACUGGAAAACUUUCUUAAGAAAAUGUUUGGGGAAAAUAGAAGACUUGAUAGUUUGACCGGAAUGAGAGUAAUGGUGACAGCAACGAAUGUCACUCAACUGCCCCCAGAACUUCAUCUCUUUCGAAAUUAUCCUACCACCGGACAAACAGACGCGUACGAGGAGACCGAUGAAGAUACGCUUAUCUGGAAAGCGGCCAAGUUAACGGGCGCAGCCCCAUUUUACUUUCAGAUGGAACACCAUUCGUUAGUUGAUGGAGGUUUUGUCGCUAAUAAUCCGACGCUGGAUGCAUUAGCAGAAUUGUCACGGUGUCAACGAAAUUUAUUCGAAGAUGACCAUGAUUUGCUCCCUACUGUCGUCGUGUCACUGGGAACCUCAAUUUGUUUGACAGAUUGUGGGAGCCAAGGGUUGGGCUUGAACCCUUCGGUAUGGAACUUCUUUACUGAUCCAAUCGGUUUAAUAACGAAAGUUCCAGGGUUUUCGAAACUACUAUUGGAGCAGGUUACGGCCUCUAAUGGGCCAAUCAUUCAGAGAGGUAUGGAAAUGUGCAAUCUUAUCGGGUCAAAUUACAUACGAUUAAAUCCACAAGUUUCGACCUUGAUUGAGUUGGACGAGACUGAUGAUGCCAAAUUAAUCAAUUUAAUAUUUGAGACAAGGGUGUACACUUUGAGCAUUGCAGACCAAUUGAGAACGAUUUGCAGCUAAUCAAAGACGUAUAAGUGAACAAAUUAUGUUUCGAAACAAAUGCAUAUGUUAAGUGAUUAAAUGUAAAUAUGUGAUGUCAAUCCUUAAACAUUUCGUAUUAAGUUGUAAUACUUAAGUUUUCAUUAAUUUUUGUCCAUGAUAGUUUUGAAUUUCGACUAAAGAAAAAAUAUAGGAUAGGAUAUUUUAUAUUUUUCAUAAUUCAAUUGUUAUUUAAUAAAUCAAUUAUAAAUUAUAAUCAUGUCGGACGUAACUAUUCAGGUACUUUAGAAUCUCAAGUUUACAUAAUUAAGCGUCCAACUGCACGUUUCUUGGUAUCUUCAUAACAGAAUUUUUAGAAAGUUCACAGUAAUUGUGCAGAAUAAGUGAAUAUUUAAAUAUGCAAAAAUGUUUGCAAACUUUUGCUAAAAAUAAAGCCACAUUUAAAUUUUUAAUUGCAGCUAAUAAUUAA